AUGUCUAGUUUUGCUGACAAACUGACCACUAUACAACAGGAUGACGAUAUUGAUAUUGACAUCGAUGUGGAUCUUCCUGCUGUUUCCGUUCCGCCUCCACAUCUGCAAAAUGUCGACCCCGAGCCUGAGUUGACACAGACAGCAGAACCUGCUUUGCAAGAGCAUUCGCCCGAAGAAAUUCGUGGAACCGCAAUCAAUUUGCGUGGAGUUGAUGAUCUCUCAACUAGAGAAGUCAAAUUGUUUAUUGAUCACUAUAUAAAGCCUGGCUACUCGUUCGCAACCAAGGACCAGUUCGCACGAUUUGAUUGCCGUUUGGAAUGGAUCAAUGACACGUCAUUGAACGCUGUCUUUGAGACCGAAGAAGCCGCCACUGAGGCUCUCAGCUUGCUGUUACAAGCUCAAGACUUGGAUCUUUCGAACGCAGAGAACGUGGAAAGAGAGUGCAAGCCGUUUGUUCGUGCUGCUGUUGGCGGCUCGGCUCCCACUGAAGAUCCGGAUGUGAAGCUAUUUGCCAGAAAGGCUACUUUUGCCGAUGCAAAGGUGAAAGGUGCAAAGCAGUAUUCUCGAUACUAUCUCCUCCAUGGUGAGCCCGAAGCUGACCAGAGAAUCGGCAAGACGAAGAAGAAUUACUACGAGAACUACCUGAACAAGAAGAAUGGGAACUCCAAUAGCAACUCAGAUACUUCUUCGACAGAUAAUUACAGAAGCCGUGAGGCUCGCCGUUCAAACAGCAGAUGGGCAGGAGUGGAGGACCUGAUCACCGGUGAGAAGGACACAGCCGACGAACGUGGAAACGAGAAGAUCACGCUGGGCGAUGACGAUCUGUUUGCAGGAAGAACUGUGACCAAACUAUCUAGGCCACUUUCCCAAAGGUUAGGAGAAGGAAGAUGGCAGAACGACAGAUAUCCCGGUAACGGCGAUGACCACGGCCGCGACCGCGACCGCCGGCGAAACGGUAGAGGAAACAGGGGUCCGAGACCACCACACAGAUCUGAAGCUGAUGAAGAUGAUCUCUUCCCCAGUUUCAGAACCCGUGAGCUCUCGCCAGGUAGAGAUUAG